UACAUUAAGGAAAAUCAAGUUAACGAUGUUAACUAAGAAGAAAAGGAUUGAUGAUUGUUCAAAACAAUUGUCACCUUCUAAUAGGACAAUAAAUUUGACUAGUAAUCAUUAUCAUCUUGAUAUUCCAAAGUGUUUAGUGUAUCAUUACGAUGUUAAAAUUGACAAAGGAAAGUUUCAAGGGGAACAAUUCAUUGAGUAUGUUACAAAAUGCCCACCAAAAUCUCAAGAACUUCAUUCUGAAUAUCAACGUAGUGUUAUAGCAAAAUUGGUUCAUCGUGAACAAAAUGUUGGGGGUUUUUUCUUCGAACCUUCGAGAAUGACCUUUUUGAGGCCUGUUUUCGAUGGAGCUCAUAAUCUGUACACAAUUAGACCGAUUCCGUCUCUUGGAACUACGAAGAAUAAUGUUUCAUGUCAUUAUCUCAAAUUAGAAGAGGUUGGAGCUCAUGGCUAUCGGAUUCGUAUUAGGUUUGCAACUGAAGUUGAUUUUAGUAAAUUAUCAGAAUAUUUUGGUAAUAAAAUUCACUCAUCAACAAGUCCUGUUCCCCAAGAUGCUAUUCGUGCUUUGGACAUUAUCCUAAGGUGUGGACCAUCAGCCUACCAAAUUCCUCUUGGUAAUUGUGUAUUUCCUAAACUCGAGACAACGGAAAAGAAACUUGUUGAUAUUGGCAAAGGUAAAUACAUAGUUAGUGGUCAUCAUCAAAGUAUAAGGAAAACAGCGAGUGGAUUGUCUUUGGUCAUCGAUAAAAGUUCAACUGUUUUCUACAAGGCUUGUGACUUAAUCGACUUUGUUCGUAAUAUUGUGAAAACUGUUCCAGUUCGAAAAGGAAGUACUAAUAAUAAUACUCGAAACAUCGAUCCACUUGUUUGCAUCAGUUUAGUUCCUAAUCAACCAGGAAUCGAAGCUAAUUUAUCGAUGAUUGAGAAAGAAUUGAUGAAUUUAACAAUUGAAGUGAAUCACACACCAACAAAGAUGAAGUUCAAGUUCAGAGGAUUAACCAGAACUUCUCCAAGUGAAACUUUCUUCAUCCAAACCACCGAUCAUGGAGAUCGAAACAUUUCAGUUGCUGAUUUUUUCAUGGAAAAAUAUUCUCUCCCGAUUACUUAUAAGAAUCUUCCUUGUGCCAUCGUCGGAAAUGUUAAACGACCUUCGUAUUUACCUUUGGAAGUUUGUCAAUUGGUCGCUAAACAACAACCACGGACUUUAAAUCAACAAGAAUUGACUCACUUCAUCAAAUCCUGUGCUCAAGAUUGUGACGAUAGAUUCAAAUCGAUCAAUGACUCUGCCGAAAUGGUGAAAAAAGAUAAUGUUGAUUAUCUUAGAGAAUUCAGUAUCGAUCUUUCCAAUAGCCCAGUUCAAGUCGAAGGAUUUUGUUUAGAUGUUCCCAAAUUAUCGUGUAAAAGUGAAUCAUUUACUCCUGAAUCUGGAAAAUGGAGCAUCAAAGACAAGAAAAUCUCCAAAGGAAUCAACAUUCCCAAUCAUCGUUGGUUUAUUGUCAAUUUUACUCAACAAAGUUCAUCUUUAAUCAACCAAUUCGUCUCCAAACUACAAUCAUUUGGUGAAGACAAAGGAGCUCAAAUCGGAGAACCAGUUUAUUGGGAAGGUGGACAUUCGAUCAGAUAUGAUAAUGUCGCCGUUAGAAAAGUUCUGAAAAAUAUCUACAACCAAUAUCGCGAUAGAAAAAUUGAUCUUCCUCAUCUAAUCAUGUUCAUCAUUACUCGAUCUAAAGAUGAUAGUAUUUAUCAUGAAAUCAAGAGAUAUGGUGAUGUUGAGUAUGGGUUCAAUACUCAGUGUGUUGUUGAAUCUAAUUUAAAAAUUUCAAUCAACGAUAAAGGGUUUUUCAUACUAUCCAAUAUUUUCCUCAAGAUGAAUGCUAAACUCGGUGGUACCAACAACAUCAUCGAUAACGACGAUUCAGUUUCUCGCAUCCUUGGCUCUAAAUCCACUAUCAUCAUGGGCGCUGAUGUGACUCAUCCUACUGACAAAAUGUCUUAUUCAAUCGCUGCUUGUGUCGCAUCUUACGACAAAAAUCACACCAAAUACUCAGCGAGUGUCAAACUUCAACCACGAUCAAAAGACGAGAUAAUCCAAGAUUUCCCCGAUAUGGUAUAUGAGCUGAUGAAGAAUUACAUUAGCAAAAAUCGACACGAUGGUGAUGUUGAAGAUAUUCUUCCUGGUAGAUUGAUCUUUUAUCGUGAUGGAGUUAGUGACGGUCAAUUUUCAAUGGUAUUGGAAAAAGAGAUCGGAAGAAUGCCCGAGGCAUUUGAUAGAUUAAUGAGAAAGUACAAUUUAAAGUCUACUUAUCGACCAUCCGUUACUCUAAUAGUUGUACAAAAGCGGCAUCACACUCGACUUAAGCCUGAGAACCAAGAAGAGAGCGAUGGCAAAGCGAAAAAUGUCCCAUCAGGAACUUUGGUUAAUCAAAAAAUCGUUGCCACAAACGAUGGAUCCGAUUUCUAUCUUUGUAGUCACUCAAGUUCAUUGGGAACAUCAAAGCCAAGUCAUUAUCACAUUUUAAUUGACGAGAACAAUUUCCAACUCAAUGAUCUCUACCUGUUGACUUUUCAUCUUUGUCACAUUUACGUUAAAUGUACUCGAGUUAUUAGUAUUCCAGCGCCCGUUCAAUAUGCUCAUUUGGCCGCUUUUCGAGCUCGUCAACAUUUAAUAAACACCGAACGAAUCGACGACAGGAGAGAAUCAACAAGUGACCCAGACUACGAACGGAAACAAGUAGAAAAGUCCAUCCAAAUUCACCAUCGACUUAUGAUCAACUUUUAUUUCAUUUAACUCUCAAUUCAAGUCUUCCAAUCAUAUUUUAACCUUGAAACAAUCAAUAACAACUCUCCAGUCAAAUUGUACUUAAAUUGUAAAUUUAAAGUCAUUUUCUUGUUAAUUUGAAUUUUUUAUCGAAAAAAAUCUUUGUUUUAAUUUAAAAUUAUAUUACAAGAGUCAAAAAGGGAAUACACAUUAUUAAGUUAUCGAUUUAUGUCGAUUCGAUUUUAAUUAACUAUGGAAUAAUUUUGUAAAUGAAAAAUUUUAAGUCUCUUAAUCAUUUGU